AUGCCAUCAAAAUUGUUUGUCGGAAACCUCCCGGAAAAUGUAGAUUCCAAUAAAUUGAAACAAGUUUUUCAGCCAUUUUGUAAUGUAACCGAAUGUGAUAUUGUUAAAAAUUAUGCAUUUGUUGUGAGUUUCGCAAAUAAUCAUGUUGUUAAUAGAUUUUUAAGUUUGAAAAUAAGUACCUUUCCCCCAAGAAAAAUACUUAAUUGUGACAUGAAAAGAAAAUUUAACCAAAAUCCAGCAUAUCGAUGAAGACAACGUGGAUCCUAUUAUUGCAAGACUUUCUGGAUAUCAAAUAGACGGACAGACUGUUAUUAUCAAAAAGUUAGUUAUUCUGAAUGACAAAAUGGGAAGCUUUUCAACUUGCACUUUUAUUCGUCGCUUGAAAAAUCUAGAAAUGCUAUAUCAACUUUUCCAGUCACGUUUUUAAAAUAGAAAUUUCAGUGAAUUUUCAUUUUCAAAAUUGAGCAAAACAAGAAGUGCAAGUUGAAUUUCCCCCAAUUAGUUUUCCCUACUAAUCCACCCUCACAUAAAUUCAGAUCAAUCUCAAAACUUCGGCCAACUCCCGGAAUGCCAAAUCGAUGUUAUCGCUGUCAAUCAGACACUCAUCGAACACCUCAAUGUCCACAAGAUCCAAAUAAUUCGAAACCUGCAGAGUGAGAUCCGCGAGAUCACCUCAAAAAUGCAAUUUUGGUGUUUCAGAUCUUUCCAAACUAUAAAAAUUGAUCUGACUUCUGGUUUGAAGAGAAGUGCUGAACCAAUCAAAGAGAAUCCAGCAGCUAAAAGAAUGGCUAUUCAACAAGGUUCAACGGUCGAAGCUGAAAUUCCUCAACCACACGAUCCGGAUCUUCAACAAUUAUAUCAAGAAUAUCAAUUAUCUCGAACCCGAUUAAUAUAUUAUCGAGAUAGAUUGUUGAAGGAAAUGGAGGCUAAGAAUCCCGGUUCAACAUCUGGUUAUAUUCUAUCUACAAAUAUUUUGAUGCCAACAACUCCAGUUAUCACAUCAUCCAGUGCUUCACAGUACUGUUUUUCGUUUUUUCUUUUCAAAAUGAUAUUUCAGAGUUUUCUUUCUUCAUUUUCUCUAUUUCGUUUAUUCGUUCACAUUCAUUUUUCUCGAUUUCAAUUACAGAUUCAAAAAUUUUUAUAUACUUUUUCAUUUUAUUUUUGCGUCCGUCGUCGUUAUAAUGAUUUUGGCCGUCUCUAAAACUCAUAUUCGUCGUGAUUUGUCCUUCAAAACAUCCUCAUCUCCUCUCUCCCAACAUCUUUCUCAAGAUAUCAACAAUUUUUCCAGGGUAUCCGGUGCACCAGUUUCAUAUCAACCUUCUGCAAUUGUUCCGCCUGCAAAUGCUCCAUACGCCACAGCUACACCACAAGCGCCGGCUUCCAACUUAAGGGUGAGGAUUUUGAGAAGCUGGAAAAUUAAAUAACUUCUGAUUCUUUUAGGCACCUUAUGCAGCUCCUUCGGCACCUUAUGCAAUGGGACAAACGGUUCCACAAAUGGUGAGAUAUUUUUCUGAAGUCCUGAAAGUAGUUUUUGAAAAUAUGAAACGGCGAUUCAAAAAAAAAUAGAGAAAUUUUAAUUCUAAAUAAUUUUGAAACGUGAACUUUAAAAUGCAAGUUCAACAAUUAUUUCGAUUUUUAUCUGAAUUACAAAUUUGCAUAAAAUUUGAUUUCCAACGGAAAUUCCAAAAUAGGCACUGUGAUUUUCAAAAAUACCCACAAAAUUGGAUUUUCUUCAAAAGUCUUAUACCUGAAAUUUUCCAAAAAUCAUUUCAAAAUUUUGUCAUAAAUAUGAUGAAACCUAUAUUUGUCUUAUCUUAUCAAUCAAUCGCGCGCACGUGGCUUUAAAAUAUUUCGAUGAAAUGUUGUUUUUGCCAUCAAAAUCAAACCUUCAAUUUCAGGCACCCUAUGGGGGAAUGGUGGCACCACCAAUGGCAAAUGGCGGUGCGAUGACGUCACAACAAUACCUACAACAACAGCAACAAAUGCAUCCGAAUUCGCCGUUGAGAAGACCUGCGAUGGGCGGACCGCCACAACCGAAUCGUAAGUGGAAACAUUUUUGUUUUUUUUAUCAGAUGAGAUGAGGUUAUCAUUUGAGAAAAACGGAUUGUUGCGCUUUGCAAAUAUCGAUUUUUCUCAAUUUUCCCUGAUCUUAUCUGACUUGUUUUACCUCUAGAGAAAAAAAAAUCAAAAACCAUCGUUUUUUUCAGCCUCCGGUUCUCAAAUACAAAUAAAAUGGACAUAA